UCAUUAGAUUUGACAAGAAAAAAACAUUUGUUUUCCUAUUUUCAGCAUAUCAUUGCUAGUGACUAAAAAGGAUCAACUGCCAUAAUGUUAUCUAAUCUUUAGUUGGUAGAUUUUGCUACUGUUAAUAUUAGCACUAUAUUUCUUUAUCAUUUUAUAUAAUAAUACUAUCACUUUUUACAUAAUAACAGUAUCAUUCAAAGUUCUUUUUAAGGAUAAGACAAAUACUAUAAUUCAUUACUCUUUGAUACUCAUUUGGUUUAGAAAGUCAUUUGAACUCUGAAAGUGAACUAUGGUCAGACUUAGACAUCAAGUUAAUACAUUUUUGGUUUUUAUUUUUCUUUUUAAUUCUCUCAAGUGUGUAUAUGUGAACAUGGAGAGAUACCCUUCUCAAGGGUGAUAGACUCAUUAAUCGAUAGUACUCCUACAAUGAGUUUAAUAGUAAGUACUUAGUAGUAAUCACCAGUUUUUUUUUUCUCCAGCUUAACCUAGCCAGGGUGCCCCAGAAAUAAGAGAAUCCAAAGGCGAUAAAUAGUUGUAAGUGUUGGUCCUAAAUUAAGGGGGAAAAAAACAGAGAGAAAGAGAGAAAAGCAAGCAGGGAAAGAGCCACCCACAUGCCCAGAAAUAGUGAUGAAAAUUCGAGUCUUGAGAGGCUGAUCAAAACUGUGAGGAGAGACAAAGCAGGGAAGCUAAUGAGGAAGAGCCAUGAGGACUUCUUCUUCACUCCAAUUAGAGAGUGAAAAAACAUGGAGAAUGAGUGAAGAAAGGGAGAAGCACAAUCACCCCACAGUUUGAAAUUUUGAAGAGAGAGAGAGGGAGAAAGGAAAACAAAGAUGGAAAGAAAAGAAAAAGGUGUGGAGAGAGAAGGAGAAAAGCAAGAAUUCAUGGUGAAAAAGUUGGAACGCGGGAUCCUGGUAGGGAAAAGGGCUGGCCCCUCUACUCCUUCACCUACUUGGAGACUUGAGUUCUCUUCUCAAAAUGCAACUACUAAAGAGUUCCUCCAACUUCCUCGUGGACCUUCUAUUUCUGCUAGAAAACUCUGUGCCAACCUUUGGGAACUUCAACCUCACUACCCACUUCCCAACAUGCGCAAAGGAGCUGCCAAGCUUCGCCUACAUCAUUUCAAAGACAAGGGUUUUGAUGCUGAUGUUGAUCCUCCUGAUAGUCCCCUUGAUCAGCCAGCAAGUGCAAGUAGCUUGAGGAGGCAUAUUGCAGCAUCACUGAUGCAACACCAUCGAUCAGGUGAAAGAAAUGGUCAUGCUCUACAGCCUGUAUCUCCAGCAAGUUGUGGAAGCUCAAUGGAGAUGGCACCUUAUAACCCUGCAAUCACUCCAUCUAGUUCUUUGGAUUUUAAGGGAAGGAUUGUGGGGUCACGUUAUAGCCUUAAGACAUCAACAGAGUUGCUCAAGGUACUCAAUCGAAUCUGGGCUCUUGAAGAACAGCAUGUAUCAAACAUGUCAUUAGUUAAAGCUUUGAAAAUGGAACUGGACCAUUCUCGGGCCCAGAUCAAAGAGUUGCUGCAAGAGAAGCAAACAGAGAGGCAAGAAAUGGAUGAUUUGAUGAAGCAAGUUGCAGAGGAUAAACUUGUUAGGAAGAACAAGGAGCAAGAUAGAAUCAAAGCUGUCAUUCAGCCAGUGAGAAAUGAGCUCGAAAAUGAGAGGAAGUUAAGAAAGCGCUCUGAAAGCUUGCACCGAAAAUUAGCUCGAGAAAUGUCUGAGGUAAAAUCUUCUUUCGCUAAUACAUUAAGAAAACUUGAGAGGGAGAGAAAAGCACGAAUUCUGCUGGAGAACUUGUGUGAUGAGUUUGCCAGGGGAAUAAGGGAAUAUGAACAGGAAGUGCGGUUCCUAAAGCACAAGCAUGAGAUUGAUCAAGUUGAUGGGGAAAACCCUGAGCGGCUAAUUCUCCAUAUUUCAGAGGCAUGGCUUGAUGAGCGGAUGCAAAUGAAGCUAGCUGAAGGUCAAACUGAUCCUGCUGAAAAGAAUACAAUUGUUGACAAGUUAAGCCUUGAUAUAGAAUCUUUUCUUGAAGCUAAACGCUCCACUGGAUCUAGGAAAAGUGAGCUUAAAGAGAAUUGCUCACGCCGACAUUCUUUAGAGUCUUUUCCAUUGAAUGAGGCUGUUAGUGCGCCUCAAGAAGCAGCUGAUGGAGAAGAUUCCAGUGAUAGUGAUUCACAGUGUUAUGAACUGAACAAAGCUGCAAACAGAAUUCAAAGCAAGGGGAGCUGUAAACAUCAUGGGGAUAAUGCUUUAGUGAGUCAUCCUGAAGAAUUAGUAAAUCCCAUUUUGACAAGGAAAAACGUGGGGUCUAGGACUGCCAUGAAGGGCAGUAAAUUGCAUGGUUUGCGAGGGCAUUUUGAUGAACAAAUGGCCACUGGAGAGGGUAUACAUGAUAAAAAAGUCAAAAGGAAUGGAACCCAUGGAUUGAGCUCAAGUCGUGUGCUUGAUAGCUUAAUCAGAAACCAUUCCUUAUCCUCAGAAGGUGACAAGGUUCAUCCUGAGAUUAGCUUAAAGGAAGAUUCAUGUGUGCAGUCUGUAUUUAAAGGUCAUGCUAGUCCAGUUCGACAAUGGGUAUCCAAGUUGACAUCUCCAGAUUUUGAAAAGUCUGAGUCUUCUCUUAAAUUGCCUCAGGGUAUCAAGGAGAACACCUUGAAGGCAAAACUACUAGAAGCAAGACUAGAAGGCCAGCAGUCUCGUGCAAAAGCUUCUAAGGGCUCCAUGUAGGGUUGAUGUUAGAUGUGCCUGGUUGAGACUUGAGGCUCUCCGUGGUGAAAGAUCUUGCCAGAGACUGAGGAUUAUGGUGCUGGUUUAUAAAAGAUUGUACAUUAACGUUUCUUGCUGUAAUCUUGGGAUUAGAUAUGUAAUGAAAAGCUAUAUACAAUAGCAUGGAUCAA